CCCACUGCACUGCAGGCACAGUUGCCGCUGGACCCUGCGGCUCUCCGCACUCUCCAUCAGCAUGAUCCCCAUCGCCCCUUGGCUGCUUCUGCUGGUGGUCCCGGGGGCCCCUUGGACGGCUGGGGAGGAGCUCCAGGGGAUCAUGGGGGCCUACCUUUCCAAGCAUGGUCAGUGUUUCCAGUCCCUCUCCGGAGAGGCGGGUGCUUUGAACCUUGGACAGAGAUUGGGAGACUCCUCCCCAACAGCCACAUUGUUCGUUGAUCUGCGUACAGUGACAAGUGCUGCCUCUUCUUUUGAUUUCCGCACCUUUGACCCAGAGGGCAUAAUUUUCUACGGUGAUAUGAGCCCUGGAGUCAACUGGUUUGUCCUGGCUUUACGGAAGGGGAAACCUGAAAUUCAAAUCCACAACACUGUGACAAACAUCACAGUUUCUGGAGGGUCGCGCAUCAAUGACGGCCAAUGGCAUCGGAUUAUGGUGAAGAACGAAGGGCAUCGCGUCAUGUUGGAAGUGGAUGGCGACGACCACUUGACCCUGAGCCACGUCUCCAAAGCCAUCAUUGACGACCCCGUCUCUUUGAUGCGCAUCGGGGUUGGGGGCUUGUUCAUCCCUGUGCAGGAGCUGCUGCUCCCGCUGAACCCGGCGCUGGACGGCUGUAUGAGACGCUGGAACUGGUUGAACAGGAGCUCCGAGUGGCUGGAAGGGGCUUCCCUGGAGGAGCAAGGGACCAAGGUCUGUUUCCCCACCAUCCACAGGGGGAGCUUCUUCCCUGGAGACGGAGUGGCCACCUUCUCGCUCUCAGGCCUUCCCACCGGACUCAGUUCUGCCAACAAGAGCUGGUCCCUGGCUGUGGAGAUGUGGAUCAGGGCCGCCCCACAGUCAGGGACCCUGCUGGCUGUCUCCACCAUGAAGCAGACUCUUCUCCUAUGCUUGAACCUGCAUCGCACGGAUCUGAUGGCCCAAUUGGGGAACAAGACGGUCCUCCUGGUGCCACUGCCCACGGGGGGCUGCCUGGAUGCCCACCUCCUCCUGAGCAUCACCCCGUCUCACGUCACGCUGCGUCUGGGUGACACAGAGACUUCCAAGCCGACCCCAAAGCCAGAUUUUGAGAGCCUGAAGCACAUCUGGCUUGGCCAGAAGGGACACCUCAUAUUUGGAGGAUUACCUGGACACGAAAAAUCCCCUCUGGCCCAGGAGGGCAUUUUUUUCCGGGGCUGCCUGCGUGGGAUCCAGGUGCAAGGCCACGAACUUGACCUCGACUUGGCACAAUACAGGAGCAACUCCAUUUGGCCCCACAGCUGCCCUGGGAGUGACGCGGGCAAGGCCAAUCCAGACAGGGAGAACUGAAGAGUGCGCUGCGGCGAUGACGACGGCUCCCUCUUUGCCUGCAGCGUGGCCUUCCCUCUCCCAAGGAGAAGUCUCUGUCUGUCUGUCUCCUUUCCAUCCCUCCUUCCCUGUCCUGACUAAGUCUGAUCAGUCGCUCCCAUUGUGGUCAACAGUUUGGCCCUGUAGCUGCAGUUGCAUGUUGCCAUGCGAUGGCUGAGAGUGUGUGGCUGGAACUGAGUGGCGCUGGCCUGACCAGCCAUUGGUUGUGAGGGCCUGCUGGUGUGUAGGGGCCGGCAAAUCUGUCCAUUUCAGCUUCCUGCAGUUCCUCGUUUUUCUAGUCUUAAAUUCAGUUCUCCACAUUUAUGCGGCUGCUUGCAUUAAAAGAAAAAGAAACCUCCCCAUGAAAAUUCA